UGUUGAUGUUUAAUUUCAGUGCGGCUGCGCGCUGCCUUCGCUGUUGCCGCUGACGCGACCUGACAAGGAAAAAGAGCAAGCUACUAGCUCGGCAGUGAAUAGUUUACACGGCCUGAGUGUAGAGAUUUUUGAGAGGCAAGCGAGUACGCUAUCUGAGGACAUUCGGGGAUAAUUUUGGUUUGCGAUUUAACGAACCUCACCCGUAUGUGAUCGCCUUUCCUCGUCGCUGGACGCUGCCUUUGAGGGCCAAGGAACAAAAUAGACAUCGCCAUUAUAUGAUCCAGUGUCCAGCGUCACUUUUACCCUCCAUGUGGGUGAGGGAACUGUGUGUGUCAGAUUAUGGCGAGGAAAACAGUUAGCAGGAAAAGGAAGGCAGGAGAGCCCAAGGACCAACAACAGCUGGGUUGGUGUCAGGCGCCACACAAGCGAAGCCGUGUUUCUUGUUCUUCACGUCAUGCCCAGCAGUGGUGGUGCAGUCGGCGCUCUGUGGUAUGUGCUCUGCGGGGGCGGGAGUUCAGACCUCAACAACAGCAUGAGUUGCGGCUCCAGAGGAGCCUGCGUGGCUUUGCAGCCGGCAGGCUCCCCGGCAUUCUUAAGGAGAGGGAGUUUUCUCUUGGGCGGCUCAACAAAGUGUUUGCCUCACAGUGGCUCAAUCAUCGGCAGGUGGUGUGUGGGACAAAAUGCAACACGCUUUUCGUAGUUGAUGUACUGACAGGACAGAUCACACGCAUUCCCAUGCUGAAAGACAGAGAGUGUCAUGAUGGAGGCUCUGGGGAGGUGGGUCCAGUGGUGCCUGGUCGCAAUUAUCACUUAACAGAAAUCUCCCAUACCCGGUUGGACCAGCAAGGCUGUGGGAUCCACGCUAUUGAACUCAACCCCUCGAGGACACUGCUUGCCACAGGAGGAGACAAUCCUAACAGCCUGGCCAUCUACCAACUCCCUACACUAGACCCUGUUUGUGUUGGCGAUGACGGUCACAAUGACUGGAUAUUCUCAAUAGCAUGGAUCAGUGACAACAUGGCAGUUUCUGGGUCCAGAGAUGGCUCCAUGGGACUGUGGGAGGUUACAGAAGAAGUAAUGAGCCAGGCUGAGAGAAGUCAAUAUGAGGCGUCAGUGCCCUCCUAUGCCCACAUCUCCCACCGUGCCCUCAAGGACAUCCCCAAGGAAUACACCAACCCAUACAACUGUAAAGUCCGUGCUCUGGCCUUCAAUAACAACCAUAAAGAACUGGGUGCCGUUUCCUUGGAUGGCUAUUUCCACCUCUGGAAAGCUGAGCAUAACUUGUGCAAGAUAUUGUCCACCAAGCUGCCUCAUUGCAAAGAAAAUGUGUGCCUGGCAUAUGGACAGGACUGGUCAGUGUAUGCUGUAGGCUCUCAGGCCCAUGUUUCUUUUCUGGAUCCACGGCAACCUACACACAGCAUCAAGUCAGUUAGUUCAAGAGAGAGAGGAAGUGGCAUCCGUUCAGUGAGUUUCUAUGAGCACAUCGUAACUGUGGGUACUGGCCAAGGUUCUCUUCUCUUCUAUGACAUCCGGGCUCAGAGAUUCCUGGAGAACCCUUUUAAUCCAAACGGAGGGUAUCGGAAGUGCCCUGGAGAUGGCAUCCUCAAGCUCACUACAGGAAAAGGCUGGCUGAAUCACGAUGAGACGUGGAGGAGUUACUUCUCAGACAUUCAUUCCUUCCCCAAUGCAGUGUACACCCACUGCUAUGAUGACUCUGGCACCAAGCUGUUUGUAGCAGGUGGACCGCUCUGUUCCGGCCUGCACGGCAACUACGCAGGAUUGUGGAGCUAGCCUCUUCUUCUCCCCCAUCACUUUGUCACUACAUCUUCGUCCAGAUCUUUACUCAUCCAGUCCCUCCAUCCCUCUUCAACUUCCAACCUUCUCUGUUUUCGGUGUACCUUUUGUCACUCUGUUUUGCUCACACUUGGACUCAGGAGCAUGAUAUUUUCUUCAUUGUAUCACGGCUUUCAGUAUUAUUGUUGUGUAUAUUUGUCCACCAUUCCACCGUUCUUUCUCCUUAAACGAUUCCUUUGCACUUCAGCUACUUUUUUUUUUGUUAUUUGUUAUUCUUUUGGGGUUUUUUUAAUAUAAAUAUAUAUAUAAAAAUGUACAGACUAUUACUAAUUUUCAAUUGCUGCAAGGUCUGCCACUGAGGACGUCAGAAGAGUUCUGGAAAACAUUAAGAAUAAAGUUCUCAUCCUCUAAAAGAUUUACAUUCAACCUGCAGGGAUUAGGCUGUGGUCUUUUGCUGGUUUGUUUUUGUACAUACAGAUGGCAUUUACCACUUUCUCUGUGAAAAAUGACCAUGUCUUUAAACAGACCGCAAUAAGAGAGAGGGUGAAGGGUUGGAGAGACUAUUCAUUUAAAUGGACUGAACUAGAGAACUGUUUGAUGUCGGAACAGCCCACAACAAUCACAAAGAACUUCUCCAGUCAGAAGUAUAAAAGAAGGAUCCAAUCAAAGUGGGAUUGUGUGCUCAUCUUAUCCUCGCUGAGAUGAUGUAAAGGAGAUAUGUUGAAGCUUGCUGAAUGCAGUGUUGUUCUGUUAGGGGAAAAAAAAAGGGCAUAUUUAAUUUUUUGGACUGUGUGAUUAGACCGGCACAUCCCUGCUGAUAUUCUGGUUUGCUUUGUAUUUAUUUUUCCUCUUCUGUUUUUUUUUUUUUUUUUUUUGGUUCUGUUUUGUUUAUAUCUGCUUCUUUUAAAGGUGUGUUGAUUCCCCCCCCCCUUUUCCACUCCCUUUGAUCAAAAUUGUACAAAUCUUAAUGUGUAAUCACUCUUGUGUUACUAGAGAGUUUACUCUAAGAUUAUAGGUUUUGGUAGCGAGUUAAAUAUCAUCCAGUAUGAUGAUUAAUAGACAGAGGAGCCUUUAAUGAGUGAACUCAAACCUCAUGUGAUUCUAGGGCUCCUCCAAGAACUGGGAAGUAGCUCUGUAGUAGCUCAGUUUGGUCUUCUCAGCCGUCCAGCUAUGAGGAUGCAAGGAAAGCUAAUGAGAAUUUGGGCUGUACCCUGGAGUUAAAUGCUGCAGGCACAUACAGUUGUUGUCAGUUGUAAAACUUUUAUUUCCUCUUAUUAUUUUUGUUUUGUACUGAGGAGCAGAUGAAUCUGCUCUUCUUUUUUUGUUUGGUAGAGGCAGGGUAGGCUUGAGUUGAGUUUUUGCCUUCAAGUCUUUCUGUGAAAGACUGCCACAGGCAAUCAUAGUUUUCCUGUUCUACAUGGAACUUUUCUCUAGUUUUCAUGAUAAUGAUUGACAAAAAAAGAAAAUCCUAAUUACGACCAAUUGAACAAAUAACCAACACUUUUGAAGUGUAUUUUAUAUAUAAACGUGUAUAUGUAUGUGUAAAAUACAUAAGGACAAUUGCAUACAUUUUUAUGUACAUGUCUGAGAAAGUGUGUGGAUUGACGUGUCUACUUGGUGCCCCCCCCCCCUUUUUUUUUUUUUUUUUUUUUUAAAUAUAUACACACCUCAUGAAUGUUUUUACAAAUGGCUGAAUUUCAGGAUAUUGUAAGAUAUAAACAUUUCGGGAAAACAAGCUAUUAAAUCUUUAAAAUGAAUAAAUAAUAAAAAAAAAUAGGAUGUA